GCUGUGAUCGAAGUCGGCGUGUGGGAUCCAUCUACGAGACUAAAUCUGUAGCCAGUAUGUCCAGUGAUCCUCCCCCUCCGUAUCCCGGAGGUCCCAGUGCUCCUCUCAUUGAGGAGAAGAAUGGACAACCUGGAACAGUAAGAACAGCUCCUCCACAAGGACAUCCAUUUCCUCCAGAUUAUGGACCUCCACCCUAUGAGGGCCCCCAACCAGGCUUUCUACCCCCACAUGUCCCUGGAGAAGGUCCCAUGCCCAUGCCUAUGCCAACACAAGGGGGCCCCUACCCACCUCCGCCCGGUCACUUUGCUCAGCCAAUGCCAGGACAUACGGGUCCAGGUCCCAGUCACUUUGUCCACAUGGGAGGACACACAGCGACCGUCCUGGCUCCUCCAGGUGCAGCCACCACUGUGACCGUACUGCAGGGUGAAAUGUUUCAGACCUCACCGGUGCAGACCGUGUGUCCACACUGCCAGCAGGCUAUCGUCACCCGCAUCUCUCACGACGUCGGCCUCAUGAACACACUCUUCUGCCUCUUCUGUUUCUUUGUAGGGUGUGAUCUUGGCUGCUGUUUGAUUCCCUGCCUGAUUGAUGACCUCAAGGAUGUGACACACACCUGCCCUUACUGCAAGGGCUAUAUUUACACAUACAAGCGUAUCUGCUAACCACCGACAGCUGUUUGCCACAAAGCCAUGUACCAGUCCAUGUAUAUCUACACGAACUCGCAGUCCGCUCUGCUGGUAGUGACGGCAGCUUCCUCCUUUUCAUUUCUGCAUAGUGUUGUGUAGCGCUCUUUCACUGUACUUGCAGUUUUCUCAUCUGCUCACAGGAUAUUUCUGUAUAUAUCCUUCUGUAUACUUCUCUAAUGUAUAAAAUUUAUUUCAAAUGUACAAAUUGUUGAGCAGCAGAAUAUUAAAAAAAGGGGACUAAAAGAACCAGAACCUGACAGGUUGCAGAUGCUGACUAUUUUCUGCCUGCAGCCAUUUAUGUGAGGUUAUGCAUGUGGAGGAGGAAAAAUACAAAAAAAACUGUGAAAAUGUUAUUUAACAAUCUUCUGUGAAAUUUGGUAAGAAAUAUGCAUAUGAAGGGGAUAAUGUUUUCAUCCUAGACAUUUUAUCUGAUAUUUUAAUAUGUUGAGAAUUGAUAACAUUUGUUGCCCGUUUCAUUUUGUUCACGUAAACUUGAGUUUUUCCUUCGUUACUAACUUACCAUCACUGCUUGUGUAAUGUGAAAAAGUACUCGUUUAAACUGUUGCAUUUAUGUUACAUGCUACGUUUAUUUAUAUUCUAGGAUCCAGUCGGUAGUCACAAUGUUUAGUGACUGUUUAGUCGUUGCCCAUCAACGCUUUUGUCCUCAAUGUAUUUAGUUUUGAUAAUCAAGUUAACAUUUGCACAAGUUUAAAUACACAUUUUGUGUUCAUUAAAAGAUGAUUCUCUGGUGAGUAAAAGCAACAUGUUGUUUGGCUUUUACUUGUCUCGUCAGCUAGUCGAGUGAAUAAAGCACAUGCUCACUUAUUCAGAGUAUAGUGACGGUGACAGCUGUCACAAAUAAAAGAUCAACCACGGCAUCUUGGUAGUGCUGAAUGAGUUCGCUGCAUCAUGCUGAUGCUCCACUUCAUACUGUCGAUUAUAAGCUCCCAGAUAUUUGCAAAGUAAUAAGAUAUUUAAAAACAUGGGUGCAAAACCAUCAUUUUCAUUGCUAAGAUGCAUGCUAGAGACAAAGGAAUGU